AUGUAUAUAAAGAUGGCCACGUUAGCAAACGGACAAGCAGACAAUUCCAGCCUCAGUAGCACCCACACUAACCCCAACCCCAACGGGCACAUGAACGGAUUAAACCACAGUCCGGGGAACUCCGCCACCAUUCCCAUGAAGGAUCACGAUGCGAUCAAGCUCUUCGUCGGGCAGAUCCCUCGCAACCUGGACGAGAAGGACCUCAAGCCGCUUUUCGAAGAGUUCGGGAAAAUAUACGAACUGACGGUGCUGAAGGACCGCUUCACCGGCAUGCACAAAGGUUGUGCCUUCUUAACGUACUGUGAAAGGGAAUCUGCUCUUAAAGCUCAGAGUGCAUUGCACGAACAGAAGACAUUGCCAGGG